AUGGUCAAAAACUUUUGGCAACUGGUUUGGAUUCAAGAAUAUAUAUUUAUGAUUUACAAAAACCUACAUCUUCUUCAAACCUAUACAAAACCAAACAUCAAGAUUCCCAAACCAAAGCCUUCAAGACUAAUCGAUGCGCUUGGUUUUCACAUUCAGGCUUCUUGUAGAAGAGUCACCUGUCAUCCAGAAGAGCCUGAUCGGUUCUUGUCUGCUAGUGAAGAUGGAACAGUGAUCGAAUAUGAUUUAAGAUUAAAAACCUUUUCUCAAGCUUCGGUUUUACUUCAAAACCAACUCGAGUAUAGUGAUGUGCUUUGGAAUCCAAUCUCUUCUCAUCUGUUUGCUGCUAGUACGAAUUAUGGAUUAAAGUUAUAUGAUCGUAGGAUGUUAGGACCAGAUCCGACCAAGAACAUUUCAGCAUCAAUCUUAACAUAUUCUACUAAUUUAAUCAUGCCUAAACCUAAAUUAAAGAUCAGUCAACCUGAAAUCUCAUCAAUCUCAUUUGAUGAAUCAGGUCAAUUAUUAUCUCUGAUCAUCUCUAAAUGGUAUCCAACUUUAUAUUCCUUAAACGAUCCUCAUCCAAUAACAGUUUUAAAAUCAUCAAAUUAUAAAGAUUCUUGUACAAUUAAACAUGGUAGUUUUUCUACUUCAAAUCAUUCUAAAGAUUUACAUUUUACUAUAGGUAGUGAUGAUUUUAAGAUUUAUGAUUGGAAAUUACCUUCGAUUGGAGAAUUAAAAGAAGAAAGAAAACUCAUGAAAUCUUAUUCAGAUUGGUCAAAUGAAUUUCCUGAUGAAGCGAUCGGGUAUGGGAAAGGUCCUGUGACGAUCCCAAAGGUAAUAGAAGAACCUGAAUUUAUUUUAUCGGGACAUCAAUCGAUUCCGAAUACGAUCAAGUUUCAUUCAAGUUUACCAUUCCUUUUAAGUUCAGGUAUCGAAAGUUUAAUCAAAGUACAUACGCCACAAUCCAUCAAGAUCGCCAAGUUAACGAAACCUUUGAACCUGGAAAGAAAAUCAUCUGACUUGAAUGGGAUUGAUAGAAGUGUUCAAGUUGAUGAUGAUGAAGUCUCUCAUCUUAGUGAAGCAGAUCGAUUGAUUGAAAAGGAAACCUUGGAGAUGUUUGAUCAGUAUCUGUUAAAUAGCUGUGAUGAUCAGUUAGUUUGGAUGAAUAUUGGAACUGGUCAUGAUUCUAAUGAAUCGGGCUCUGAUGACGAUGACGACGAAGAAGAAGAAGAAGAACUGUAA